UGGAGAGAAUAGUGUGAUAUUCCGCUGCGCUGGAGACACGGCCGGACAUAAGAGCCGCGUGGAGAAGAAGCUUGUUUUUGCAUGCAGUAGUCUACGUCUAAUUUGGAUACCACAAAGGAGGGAGUUCCAACGCAACAAGUGGAGUUUGGCGCACUGAGGACAAAAAUACCGUGUUUCUCGUCGAUGGAAGAGCCAAAGGAGGCGAGCAGCGGCCGAGACUCGACGGAGGACGAGAGCAUGUCGCUGUCCCCGAACCUGCCCUCUCCCCCGCGGCUGCUGCCGCACCAGGCCGCGCAGCAGGCCCACAGAACCACAAACUUCUUCAUCGACAACAUCCUCCGGCCGGACUUCGGCUGCAGAAAAGAGCCAAACUACCGCGAGAGGGGCCAGGCGGGCCGGGACUCCGCCAGCCUGUGUCUGGACUCCAACUGCAGCAGCGACAGCAGCUCGUCCUCGCCCUCGUCCUCCUCCUCCACGUCGUCUUCGCCUUUGUCCAAACAGAACUCGUCUAAACCGGGAGAGGCGCAGAGUAACGGGACUCGCUUCUCGGACAACUCGUCUCCGGUUUUGGUUGUGAGCGGCAACAGCGCAGCCUCUCCGCCGCUUCUAAAGGACCAGAACCAGCUGCUGUGGCCCGCGUGGGUCUACUGCACGCGCUACUCGGAUCGGCCCUCAUCUGGCCCGAGGACACGCAAACUUAAGAAGAAAAAGAACGGGAAGGAGGACAAGCGACCCCGGACAGCGUUCACGGCCGAGCAACUGCAGAGACUCAAAACCGAAUUCCAGGCCAACCGCUACAUCACGGAGCAGCGGCGGCAGUCUUUGGCGCAGGAACUCAGCCUGAACGAGUCGCAAAUCAAAAUCUGGUUCCAGAACAAGCGGGCCAAAAUCAAAAAGGCCACGGGGUACAAGAACGGGCUGGCGCUGCAGCUGAUGGCGCAGGGACUAUAUAACCACUCCACCACGACUGUGCAGGAGGAGAAGGAAGACAGCGAGUGAUACGAACUCACAAAAAGACGCUUAAAAGACACCAAGGGGGUAUUUAAAGGCAGAUGUGUUAAUACUCUAUAUGGACAUAAUUAUAUUAAAGUUUAUAUAGCCACACGAUCAUGUUGUAUAUUUAAUUUGGGCGGCUACUACUACUACUACUACUACUACUACUACUACUACUAC